AUGAAUGCCUUGGUGAGAUCAAAUGGCGAUAAAUCUUUAACUGCCCCAGCUGGUGCAUUGCAUUAUUUCCUUUUCAGAUUCCUUGAGUUGCCAGAAUGGGCUCGGCUUGCUUGGCUCAAGAAAUUAAAUGGAUUGGCAAUUACUGCUGUAAAGAAAGCUCUGUUUGCACUUCUCGUUCUGAAGAUCAUGGAGACUGAACAACAAGCAGAGACAUUCCUUAACCAGGCGGGUAGCUCAGAUGGAUCUGUACCAAACAACUCAACUCAUGUAGCCCAGAUCAUGGAGACUGAACAACAAGCAGAGACAUUCCUUAACCAGGCGGGCAGCUCAGAUGGAUCUGUACCAAACAACUCAACUCAUGUAGCCCAGGUGAAGAAGCUCCUGUUUCGUCGAAUGCUGGUGGGUGUCAGUGAUGGGCGGUUCUUCUUAGGCACAUUCUACUGCAUUGAUAAACAAGGAAACAUCAUUCUGCAAGAUGCAAUUGAGUAUCGUAGCACCCGACGUUCCUCUCCUUCCCCUAUGGAACAGCGGGGUCUUGGUCUCAUUCUCAUCCCUUUUUCAUGUCGAACAUCUUGUCAUGUGGAUUGCUCCAUUGAUGAACAAUUGUCAUUACUCUCGCUUCAAGAACACAACUGA